AUGGGAUCAUGGCCAAUGAUCCACAAGGUACACACCUGUAUUGUGUACCUUGACAACCAAAAAUCCAUCAAGGGUCUUAUGGCCCAUCUCAUUGAUACCCACCCGCCUAGAACCACUAAAAACUUCAUGGCACAGACGGAUCAAAAACUUCAGGAAUAUUGGGUAAACCUACUUCGAUCAAUGUAUGGGCAGGAAACCAUCAAAAAGAUUGUUAAUAGAAAUGUUGACAUCGUCGAUGGAUCAAUCAUAAAGUUCUAA